AUGAAAUAAUCUGUAAUAAGAUAACGAAGAGGAUCAUUUGAUUCAUAGAUUUUCUCUUCUUUAUUACAAUCGAAUUUUAUAGUAGGCGAUCAGAAGAAAUUGAUAGACGAUGAAAUAAUCAAUUAUUAAAUAGAUGAUGAGUUUGAGAUGAUAGAAAAAUGUAUAAUCUUUAAUAAAUUAGAACCAAAAAAUAUACCAAUACCUUUGUAUAAUAAUGAUUAAUUACACAAAAUCUCUAAAAACUAAUUCUUGGGAGAGAAUCAAAAGUUACAAUUAGCAGCCACCUUAAUUUAAUAAAGAGGUAUUCCCUACUUAAAGUAAAUUUAUUAAUAUUUUAGACGUAAAGCAAUAUGGAUGACCUUUAUAGAAAAAGGUGAUGCUAAAAUAUACUUCUCUAAAAAACCCCCCUAUUUAGUUGAAGAUUAAAUCAAUAAAGAUGUACCUCGAACUGGUUAUGAUGAUAAAAUGAAUACCAAAAAAUAUAACACCCUUUUAUACCGAAUUCUCUGUGCAUAUGCAAUUUAUAACCCUAAAAUUGGAUAUACCUAAGGGAUGAAUAUUAUUUGUGGAAAGAUAAUUCUAUUAUUAAGUAUAGAUGGAAAUGAUAAAUAAUUGGAAGAGGAUGUUGAAGUCUUUGAAGAUGAAGAAGAAAUGUUUUGGAUGUUUGUUCACUUAAUGAAAUCAAUGCAAGACUUAUUUAUUUAAGAUGUACCAGGGAUCUUAAGAAGAAUUUAAUAGUUGGAAUAAAUGCUACAAAGUAGAUGUAAUGAAAUUAUUGUGCAUUUAUAGUGUAACAAUAUUGUAUUAAUAUAAUCAUUUAUUUUAGGAAAACCUAUGCUAAUGUUUUAGUUAGUAUUAUUUUACUAUGUUAAUGUAAAAACAGGAAAAAAAAUUUGCAAGGUUAAUAUUAGAGAUGUUUCUACUAUAUGGAGAAGCAUUUAUAUAAAAUUUUAUUGUUGGAGUUUUAGAGUUUUAUUAAAUGAAAAUAACAAGAAUGAAUGAAUUAGAAAAACUAAUGCCCUUUUUUAGAGAUACAAUGAUUACAUCUUAUUAUUAGGAAUUGAAAAAAUUAAAAAAAUAGAAUUAAAUUAUCUAACAUUUUUAAUAAUAUCACUAUUUUGAUGUAGAACCUUAUUUUGGUAAUGUUUAACCAAUCAUAUAAAUUGUUUAAAAAUAAGAGAUUCAUUUAAAUCCCAAAAAUAUAUUUAAACUACUGCCUAAAAUUUGGUUUGGAAAAGUUCUUGGUUAAUGA